ACCCAUUUUAGAAUUUAUGAACUCUUCGCAUGCCGGUAGAUCACCUUUUCCCGGAUGCCCAUUCUCGCGCCCCGGAUGCUCUGACAUUGGCCCCUGUAAUGACGUCACAACACUCAUAUUAGUGCCCUAUGCCCAGUGGUCAUCACUCACUUAUCGCUCGGACUUCGUUUCUAACAGUCCGGCUUCGGUAGCUUGUUCAGUGCAUCGCAUGUGGAUUUUGGCCCCAAAGGAAUGCUAACUGGGUGCAAUAGAACUAUUUUUUGUUGAACUUCAAACCAAACAUGAAACUUCAUUCUAUCACUAUGAUACCUCUUGUUUCUUUCUUAGCUGCUCUGCGCCUGCUUACUGAUGCUCAAUCUUGCAAUAAUGGUUUAGGUAAAUAUGCCUUUGAACUCGUGAUGAAUUAUCGAAUGGGAGGAAACAGUGGUUUUGGAAUGUCUAAAGGAGAAAUGGUCACUCUAGUGGACAGCCCUUUACGAGUGUUGCAAGCUUGCAAACAGAGGUGUGAAGAUGACCCAAAAUGUCUAUCCUUUGAUUUUACUCCUGGCCAAAGAGUUCCCGAUACUCAUACUCACCAGCCUGAAUCCGGACCCGACAACGGGUUAAGAUCUGGAAAUCAUAUGGGCAAUAAUCAGCAACAUGUUGAACCAGAAUAUAAAGAAUCCAUAUGCCAUAUGUAUCACGACAGAGCAUCUCCUGACGGUGGGGAUGUUUUAGUGAGACAGCUCAACACCUUCCAUUUCAACAAAGUCUGCAUAUCAUCUCCAAGGCUUAUUAAUGACUGCCCUAACCGACUUUACGCUAUCAAAAGAACACCAGGAUUCUGUUUCGAGAGCCUCUCAGACCAAGAAGUCUUCGCCACUAAUCGAACAGAAUGUGAGGAAAAGUGUAUCAACGAUCCUGAAUGUCUAUCUGCUUGUUUUGAUAGAGGUGGUCAAAAAUGUCGUCUCAGCAGAAAUACCAAAGCCAUGAAUCCUAAUGGAUUUCUAAGUGAUUCAAACAGUGAUUAUGUUGAAAAUAUGUGCCUUUCAGAAAGUCAAGCUUGCCCAAACCGUGCUCAUAUUAUGGAAUCUGGUAAAAAACCAAACGGCGCAAUGGAACUAGAAACUGUAUACACACAACAUUUUCAGAGUUGCUCUGACAUUUGUUCUCAAAGUCUCGAAACCAGGGGAUAUCUUUGCACUGCUUUCUACCACGAAGAAGACAGCUGGCUUUGCACCACUUACAUGUAUUAUCCAGAUUCAACUGACUCCAACGAAAUGUCAUCACCGCACGAAACUUCGCCAUCGUUAGUUUCUGGAAAAGGAGAUUUCUACAGGAUUCUUUGCGGAAACGCUGAUAGAGACGCAUACAUCAACAAUGCUACAGUAGAAUGCUUCCGAAGAAAAAGAUUGGAUGUUGCCCACCAAGUUGAAGUUAAAGUUUAUUCCUUCCAAGAGUGCCUUGAUGAAUGCAUGAGACGCUACAACCGUGACUGCCAAUCUGUAGAAUACAGUUCCCGCUUUCAAUCUUGUCGAUUUAGCAGCCAAUCUAGUGGAACUGGCAAGCCAAAUUUAGUAGAUGAUGAGUCUUACGAUUACUACGAGUUCAAGUGGAUCAGAGGUAACGGAAACAGAGGUCACAGUUUCAUCCAUAGACCUGGAUACGGACCUACAGGAGGCAGCAGUGGAGGAUAUGGCCCAUCAAGAUGGGGCUUAGGAGGACCGGUAGUUGGUGGACCCGGUGGAAGUACAUCAAUUUCUCAAUCUUGGCCAUCUGGUCCAUGGAACAGUGCAGGAGGUGGAGGAACAUGGGGACCGAAUCCUCAACAUGGUGGUGGUGGUCAAGUUAACUACCCAGCUUACCCACCAGCCUUACCACCAGCGGCUCAACCAUGGGGAUCUGGAAAUGCCCACAGUUGGAGUCAGGCUGGAGGUUAUCCUCCUGCAGCUCCCCCUCAGAAUCCACAUUCAGUCCACGGUGGUUACCCAGGAAAUUACCCUGGUUAUCCAGCAACCAAUCCUUUCCAUGGCAAUGGCGUUUUUCCACCUGGAGGAAUGCCUCAGCAGCCUUUCCCAAAUAACAACUAUGAAUUGUGCAAACCUGGUAUGCAGGGUGGUGGACUAUUUAGGCGAGUUGGGUUUGGAACCAGGCUCAGGAGUUUUUAUGUCAGACGUGUUGUAAGAACUGAAAGAGAAGAGGAUUGUGAAAAGGCUUGCUUAGAGGAAAGGGAAUUUAUAUGCUUAUCUUUCAACUUUAGGAAUGUAAUACCCGAUAAUUGCGAACUGAGUGAUCAAGAUACAAGACAUCUUCAACUAAAUAAUCCCGGACAUUUUGAACAAGACUCACAGUUUGACUUUUACGAACGAGACGCCCAAGCAGCAAAUGGUAUCCCAGGUGCAAGUACACCAAACUGUAUUGACGUGAGUCAAUCGUGCAGCCCUGAUGGAAUAGAAUUUACAAUGAAAACACCAGAGGGUUUCUAUGGCAGAAUCUACACUUAUGGAUUCUAUGAUUCUUGUUUCUAUGAUGGCAAUGGAGGAACAACCAGUGUUUUAAGAAUCUCGAGAGGGAAUGGAUUUCCACGAUGUGGAACUCAACAGUAUGGUGACGUCAUGACAAAUAUCGUUGUGGUUCAAUUUAAUGAUAACGUGCAAACAUCCCGGGACAAGAAAUAUAAUCUUACAUGCUAUAUGUCAGGACCAGGAGAAACAGUGGUCACAUCCAGCUACAUGGACACAAGAACCGAUGGCCGAUAUCCUACUCAAAUCGAGCAUCUGCCUGCCCAGAAUAUGCUAACAUCAAAUAUUGUUUUGCGAGUAUUGUACAGAGGAGCACCAACAAAUACCAUCGCAGUUGGCGAUCUCUUGACCUUCAGAUUAGAAGCCCGUGGUCACUAUCAUUAUGAAUAUUUUAGUGAUAUUUUCGCGACGAAUGUAAUAGCCAAAGAUCCAUACUCAGGAAGACAAGUUCAUCUUAUAGAUAAUAGAGGAUGCCCGGUAGACUUGUAUGUAUUCCCAGAAUUGCAAAAAACACCAGAUGGCGCUCUUCAAGCAGAUUUCUAUGCAUUUAAAAUACCGGAUUCUAAUUUGUUGGUCUUCCAGGCUACAGUCAGAACAUGCAGAGGACCUUGUGAACCAGUAAUAUGUAGUGAUCGAGGUCGUCCAGGAUCUUUCCCAUCUUGGGGUAGGAAGAAACGUUAUGCACCGAACGAAACAGCUGCUCUGUUUGCGGAUGACAAUCAAAUGGACAUACCAGUAGGAAAUGGAACUGACGAAGCAGAAGUUGUCCACGAUCUGCUAAAAGUAUACCUUUCUAGAUCAGAUAUGCCAUCAGAAGCUGCAGCAAUUACAAGAACAAGCACAGUUUGCGUUGCACAAGCUGGAUAUUACACCUUAGUGAUCUUAGCAAUUGUUUUGGUUUGCGCAAUAGUUGCUGUUGCUGCUGCCGCCAUGUUUUUCUACAAAAAAUCAAAAUUAGCAGUUAAAGCAGCCGGUAUGAGUGGUCCACCACCUGGUCUUGCAAAUCUUUACGUCCACAGCCAAUAUCCCGGACCGAAACUCGAUGACCCAAGUGAACCCAUCUACACAGAUCCGUCUCUAUUUGAACGAUCAAGGAGUUCUAGAAAUGUUUCUAAUAUGGCAUAAAAUCAUAAAUUGUGUGAAACGGACUGCUCAAGAUCUCCAAGAAGAACAAAAGUCGUUCGUAAACUCUUGUACAUGUUCGCGCCGAACUCUGAGCUUGGGUUGCAGUGAUAUUAUAUUUUUUUUUUACAUAACUUUCUGCUGUUAAUAGAUUUUAAACGAAGUCAACCAAUUAGCGAGAAAGAUGUUGUUUAACUCCUUUCAUCUGGCUGGGGUCUUAGGUUUUUUUUGCUCUUUCAGCUCUCGUCUGCGCAUUCGAAAUUCAAAAUUCAGUACAAGAGAAAGAGAUGUCUGUAAAAAUGUUAAUAAAGUUUAUGUGAAUAAUUA